UAGUCACAGUGAAACUCCAGUAAGUAGACAGUCAGUUUUACUCACUUUAAACAUCGGAUAAAGUGAUUCUUUUCUCUUUAAUAGAGAUAAUGCCGAGUCUUUUUUAAUAAAUUAGUCAUGACAAAAAAUGUCGACGAGUCCGCUAUAUAGAUAAGAGCUAACAUUACGUUUAAAGUUAAGUUCUAGUUUAAUUUAUUGACUGUAAACGGCUUCAAAAACACUGCAAUAAAUUAAUAGUUAAAGAAGAAGGCUUUCCUCUGUGUACACAUAUCCUUAAAAGUACAAUUCUAGUUGUAUUAUUAAUGUCCCACCCACAAUACUGCUCUUGAGAAAUUUUACGUUGUACCCCUCUACUCUCAGAUACAAUUUACGCCCAUACACGUCCUCGUAUUGAUAAUAUACAACAAUAAAUGCUACAACCACAUAUCCGCCUGGUCAAUAAAGUUUUAUUGUAAAGCACAGCUAUGACAGCUGUAUAAAAACACCGUUUCUCAAACGGAAGGCUGCAUCUUCCGGAGGUCGCAUUUGCAGUCUGCACGCGUCAUUAAACCAGCCUUGAAGCAGAUGUUCAAUAUCAGGCAGGGCCUCUUAUAGCAGUGUAUGUGGAGAACAACAUUGUCACUGUGCUCCUCUGCACAAUCAUAAAACAUUUCUAAUCUGCACUACAUCAUGAGAUUGAUAAUCUGACUGGAGGGCCUCAAUCCACUUCACAUCACUCUUGAUAACUUCACCAAAAGAGUGCUAAGGAUCCACAAAAUUGUCCUAGAUUUGUUUCAUUGGGCACCUACAGUAAUAAUUAACACUGAAUAUUCUGGCUAAGGAUGUGUUCGGAAGUGAAUAAAAUUCUCUGCAGUUGGAACGAACUCAACGUUCACAGGGAGAGACCAUAUUUAAAGAUUUUGUUUACUGGACUGUGCCUUGGAAUUACAGGAUUUCUGGUUUUAUGGACUUAUGUGGGAAGUAAAGAAGAGAAACCUUUAACCAGCUUUUUGUCACAACACUUUGCAAAACUUUACAACUCCAGAAAUUCCUCCACCUCUCCUGCAGAUGUUCAGCUAGAUUUCAAUUCAGAAGACUCAGAGUCAAAUUCAAGUUCAUUUUACUCUGAAUUUGGAAUCAGUUCACAAAGUUACUUCAGUUUACAGCAAACUCUUUACUGGGCUGGACCAGACACAACAAUCACAAAUGUGUCUCUGAGUACAAGUCCAGAUCACUCCACUUUCAUCAUUCAGAACCUGAAAGACAGCUACCAUAUAGGGGAGGAGCUUUUUGUUACUAUCCAUGCCAGAGACUUUAACAAUAAACCUAAACGUUAUGGAGGGGAUUUCUUUCAAGCAAAGCUUUUCUCACAGCCCCAAAAGGCCAGUGUGUUUGGGGAGGUGGUGGAUUUGCUCGACGGCUCCUACUCUGUGCGUUUUCUUCUGCCAUGGGUUGGAGAGGCACAGGUGGCUGUGCGUCUGAUCCACUCCAGUGAAGCCGUGCAGGUCCUCAAGCAUCACAGAGACACAGACUCUGACAGAGUUUUCUUUAAUGGAUAUUUUGAAGGACCGGGACCAAAUGGGACAAGGUUGAAAGAAACAGUGAAGUGUAAUGUGAAGUGGGACGAGAAUGGACUGGAGAGGAUGGGGACUGGAGAUUGCUGUUGUGACUACAAAGAUUCUCGCAGUGGAGAAGAAUGGAGCUGUCAGAGACCCAAAUCACUGCCAUGCAGCGCUCGCGUGUAUCACUCUAUGGGCGGGUAUAACAACCGUGUGACUGUCAAUGAAGCAAUGUUUAUGAGUCAAACUGACAAAGGCAUCAAUGGACAAACAACACCAAUCAAGAUUCUUCCUUCCAAAGGAUCAGUGGGAAUUGAUGUGACACAGAAAUGUCAUCCUGGUUUGCACACACCAGUUCCAGCUGGGUUUUACCUGAAUGAUGUUUGGACAUCCUUUGUGUGUAGCACCCGUCAGUUUACUACCCAAACAACAACACAGUGCCUGAAAGACAAACACAUCUACAUGAUGGGAGACUCUACCAUGAGACAAUGGUUUGAGUUCUUGCUGAAAGCAGUACCAACCUUGAAGCAGAUGAACCUGCAUGUUGAAUAUCAGGCAGGUCCUCUUCUAGCGGUGGAUGUGGAGAACAACAUUGACUUACACUGGAGGGCUCACGGUCUUCCUCUACGCUGUCUGAAAACUGAAGUUUCUAAUCUGCACUACGUCAGUAAUGAGAUUGAUGAUCUGACUGGAGGAUCUCACACAGUUAUUGUUUUUAAUCUGGGACCACACUUCACAACAUAUCCUCUGGAUUUCUUCACCCACAGAGUGUUGAGGAUCCGCAAAGCUGUUCUAGAUUUGUUACAGCGGGCACCAGACACUACCAUCAUAAUCAAGACCGUAAACACCGGCUAUAAGGAUGUGUUUGGCAGUGACUGGUAUUCUCUGCAGUUGGACAGAAUCCUACGGUGGGCUUUUCAGGAUGUUGGUGUUUAUAUUUUGGAUGUUUGGCAAAUGACAGCCUGUCACUACAACAAAGAGGAGAUUCAUCCAGGUCCUGUCAUUAUCAAAAAUGAGAUGGACAUUUCCCUUUCUUUUAUUUGCCCUGAAUGAUUUUGUCAUAUCAAGAGGUAAAAGCAACAGUCAUGCUGGGUUCAGAUUUUCCUUCUGCCCCCCCAAAAUGUCCAGCCAACCAUAAAAAAACGGAGUCUUUCAAAAAACAUCUUCUGUUGGCAAACGCUAGAAUUUACAACUCCCACCCACUUUUGUCUGAUUAGCUUAUUCAAGCCUUGGAGGUCUUUUCAUCAGUAUUUAACUCACAGGAAAAGUUCUACUGUUCUCUAUGACGGUAGCUCAAAAAACCGCAUCUUUAAAAUAUAUAUCAGACACAAUGGAAUUUAGUAAUACAUAAACGUAAUAACACAACACAUAUUAAAAUGAAACUUUUUUUAUAGUAAAACAUGCCCAAAAAAGCCCCUUAUCCUUUCUUAGACUCACCACAUUAUUUAUUCAUUCAAAUACAACAGCCAAUAGCAAGUCUCCAACAGCAUUUAAUCCCAGCCAACAUUGAUAUGUGGGCCCCACGUGGGUCCCAUCUUGACAGCAUGGGUUACAUGUGGGCAUGGGCUUCACAUGGGCAAUAUAUGUGGGUCCCAUGUGGGUUUCCCUAUGUGGGCCCCAUAUAGGUUUGCCCAUGUGGGAUAAUAAUGUGGGGCCUUCAUGGCAUCUAUGUGGGCAAAAUAAUUUUAUGCUUGAAAUACAUCUUUAUACAUUUAAAAUAAUAACUUUUGGUUGAUUGACACUUUUAAACAAAGAGAAAAUAAUAUAACAGAUAUGAUUUAAUCAGUAUAAAAUUUUUAAAUAAAAAUGCACUAUUUUUGACAUUUAAUUGUGAUAUUUAUAAUGUUUACCUGCAUUAGAAUUUUUCAAUUAUUAAUUUUAUUUCAAUUUGCACAGCUGAAAAUUAGUGAAAAUAAGAAAUUUCAGAAAGUUAAUCAGUUUGUUAGUGUGUUAGUUAAAGAAAUGUUUCAAACAUUCUGGAAGGAGCCUGAUUAGUGGAUUGUAAUUUAUUUUCAGAGUUGUGUUUUUAGAAAAUGUAAUACUACGGUACAAGUUCACGAACUGCACAGCGAUGAAACAAAGCAAACGUGCAAGGACAUUUAAUGAGUUUGGCUGUGGAUGCUUUGGAAGUUCUUCAUAAAACUGUUGAGCAAAGAUUAAUUGAUGAUCAGAAUUAAGACCAUCUCCAGAACAGUGAGCAAUAUUUGUGUUGUUUUUGAGUCUGAAUUAUUUUAAGAGUUUGAUUUCUUUCAAUGUUAUUUUAAGUGUUAUGUUAAAUUGUUAGUCAUUUACUGGAUUAGCAGUUUUGAAAUGUUGAUGAUUAUUUUAGCACUGAAAGUGUUAUAAAUUGACAAAGUAUUUUGAUAUAUUGAACCUGUACCGUUUUUUUAUUUGAUUUUUCAUAUUGCACUUCCUUCAUGUUUUGUGAUGUUAUAGAUUAAUGAACUGUUGAAUAUUUAUGCUGGAAACUGAUAUUUACCAAACUGAAAUUAUGUUGCUUUAUCGGUUUAAAAUUUUAAACAAAUAUAUUAUUUAAAGGGGACAGAGAAUAAAUUUUUUUUUUACCUUGUCUUUGUUGAAUAAUGGUAGUCUACCCGCAUUCACGAACAUACAAAAAGUGCUAGACAUGCUAAACAUCUCAGUCUCAUACACUGUAAAAAGUCAUUCUGCAGGCUUGUAGAUUUUAUGAAAUUGAAUAUGUAAACUUUAUUUAAUAAAAUUAAUUUUAUGUA